GAUUAGGAGUUGCUGUGAGUUUAUGGUAGAGAAUUGAAGGGUGGAAUCUUUUGAGAUUCAUCUCGUGAACAAUCAGAAGUACUUGAACUCGCCGACUCAUCUGCAGACGCCUAGACAUUGUCUGUUUAUUUUCACAGAGAGCGUAUUUGUUUUUCAAAUAACUGAUAAUGUUUUAAAACAGUACUUUUUUUUUAGGUGGCUUUACAAAUUUCAUUUAAUAUUUUCGAACUGGUUUGAUUGGUUUGCCACUAGAGUUUAGAUUUUGUCCAGUGCCAAGUGUAUACUAAGGAGAAUGUCUCGCAACUCGGAAUGCCUCCGGCCCCGACUCUGCUCUCUGGAAAAGGGAGCAAACGGCUACGGCUUCCACCUCCACGGCGAGAAAGGGAAGAUAGGCCAGUUCAUCCGGCUUGUUGAGCCGGACUCCGCGGCAGAGAAAUCGGGUCUGCGCGCUGGGGACCGGCUGGCGUUUGUCAAUGGAGUGAAUGUAGAGAACGAGAGCCACCAGCAAGUGGUGUCCCGGAUAAAGGCGCAGACCAUGGGUCUCAAACUCGUAGUGGUCGACCGAGAGACCGACGACCUCCUCAAAAAACUGAAACUUUUGUGCCUGGAAGAGUUCGUGACUAGCGGCAUCCCCAACCCCAGUGAGCCCGGGGAGAGCCGACUCCAGGAAGAGGUGAUGUCGGAGGAAUCCGCUCCGACGAAGGAGAGAAACGGAGAGGCUGUGACUGGGAAGAGUAUCGGCUCUGUCAAGCAGUUUAAGAGUGAGCACCGCCCCCGCCUGUGUAACAUCAAGAAGGGCUCCACUGGGUACGGCUUCAACCUCCACAGCGAGAAGGCAAAGCCAGGGCAGUACAUCCGAGCCGUGGAACCCAACUCCCCGGCAGAGAGGGCCAACCUGCGAGCCCAGGACAGGAUUGUGGAGGUGAAUGGCAUGUCUGUGAAGGGGAAGCAGCACUCUGAGGUGGUGGCAGCAAUCAAGGCAGGCGGACAGGAGACCAGUCUUCUGGUAGUGGACCCAGAGACUGAGGAUUUCUUUAAGAGGUGCAGGGUGACCCCCACUGAGGCACACCUCACAGGUCCUUUACCAGAACCUGUUCUCAAUGGAGAUGUGGAAGAGAAGGCCAAUGGGAAGGUGGCUGAGGAAGCAGACUAUGAAGUCUCUGUAAGCCAAUCUCCUUCAAACACCUCCUCGAACACCUCUACUGGCACGCCUACCAAUGAGGAGAAGCCAGUGGAGAGUGAUCUCAAAGGCCUCGCCUCCGGCCUGUCCCUGCAAGAAGCCAAGGAACGCGCUCAUCGGAAACGCUCCAGCAAGCAAGCGCCGGCGAUGGACUGGAGCAAAAAGAACGAGCUCUUCAGCAACUUAUAAAUGCCUGACUACUUCCCACUGUACUGUCCUGUCUUAUUUUUUUA